AUGGCGGGCUGCUGCGCGGUGCUGGCGGGCUUCCUGUUCCAGUACGACACGCCGCGCAUCGUGCUCAUCCGCAGCCGUAAAGUGGGGCUCAUGAACCGGGCGGUGCAGCUGCUCAUCCUGGCCUACGUCAUCGGGUGGGUGUUUGUAUGGGAAAAAGGCUACCAGGAAAUGGACUCUGUGGUCAGUUCAGUUACUACCAAAGCCAAGGGCGUGACUGUGACCAACACUUCUAAACUUGGGUUCCGGGUCUGGGAUGUGGCCGAUUAUGUGAUUCCAGCUCAGGAAGAAAACUCCCUCUUCAUCAUGACCAACAUAAUUACCACCAUGAACCAGACCCAGGGCUUCUGUCCUGAGGUUCCAGAUAAGAACACUGUGUGUAAAUCAGAUGCAGAUUGUGCUUCUGGCUCUUCAGGCACCCACAGCAGUGGAGUCGCAACAGGAAGAUGUGUGCUGUUCAAUGAGACUGUGAAGACAUGUGAGGUUGCAGCCUGGUGCCCGGUAGAGGAUGACACACACGUGCCAAAACCUGCUUUUUUAAAGGCUGCAGAAAACUUCACUCUUUUGGUUAAGAACAACAUCUGGUACCCCAAAUUUAAUUUCAGCAAGAGGAAUAUCCUUCCCAACAUCACCACCACCUACCUCAAAUCUUGUGUUUAUGACGCUAUAACAGAUCCCUUCUGCCCCAUAUUCCGUCUUGGCAAAAUUGUGGAAAAUGCAGGGCACAGCUUCCAGGACAUGGCAGUUGAGGGAGGCAUCAUGGGCAUCCAGAUCAACUGGGACUGCAACCUGGACAGGGCCGCCACCCACUGCCUGCCCAAAUAUUCCUUCCGCCGCCUGGACACCCGAGACACAGACCAUAAUGUGUCCCCAGGCUACAAUUUCAGGUUUGCCAAGUACUACAGUGACCUGACAGGCCCUGAGCGUCGCACACUCAUCAAGGCCUAUGGCAUCCGUUUCGACAUCAUUGUGUUUGGAAAGGCUGGGAAAUUUGACAUCAUCCCUACCAUGAUCAACAUUGGCUCUGGCUUGGCGCUUUUUGGGGUGGCGACAGUGCUAUGCGAUGUCAUCGUCCUCUAUUGCAUGAAGAAAAGAUACUACUAUCGGGAGAAGAAAUACAAAUACGUGGAAGAUUAUGAGCAGGGCCUUGGUGGUGAGAUAGACCAGUGAUUCCCACCCCACAGCUCUCAUCAGAGCACAGCAAGGAGGAAGGAAAGUUCCAGGCUGAGUCUGUCUCCAAUCCACAAGAAUUUCAGGGUUUCUCAGCUGCUCCCGUGUUUUUUGUGUAGGGUUUCCAUAGUAUAGCACUCUACACAGUGGGUUACCCUCUGUUCUUGGCUGGGUCGCCUCUGCUGUUCCUUCAGAUGGGGAUUGUUGGCCCAGGGGCAGCGAUCUGGGGCCUUUCUCAGGGCCAGCUGUCCUCAGAAGCUCCCAUCUCCAGCCCCCUCUGAGACAGUCCAGUCCUCUUAGGCCUGGCAGCUCUGUUCAAGCACUUUAUAAGGAAAAGAAGGACGCCGGGGUGUGGUUGUUAGACCUGUAGCAGGCCUGGGCUGCUGUUCCUCUUCCCAUGACCAGAGACUUCUUCCGUGUAAUCACAAGGCAGAUUCAGUGUUUCUGCUUUGAGAAGAGGUACCAAGAUGUUUGAGGACCAAACAUUAAAGCAAAUUAUUUUCAUAAUC